CCCUCUAUCUCACACGAAACAACACAGUGAACAAGAUGACAUGUCAACAACGAGCAGUUUAAUAACAAAUUCAGUUUGAUUUAUUAUUUUGCAUUUAAAAAGAAAUGUGCUCAUAAUAUUUGCAAUGUUUUAAUAUAGAGCAAAGUCAUGGCUAGAGAGUUCAUUGAUUGUCACUGUCACAUGUCAGCAAACGAGUUUACACAGGACACAGAUGAAGUUAUUCAGAGAGCUAAAACGGCUGGAUUGAAAGCUCUGGUUGCAGUUACAGAGGGAGCCAGUGAGUUUGAGAAAGUUAUUCAGUUGUCAAAAAUCUAUCCUGGUUUUAUAUUCCCUUGUUUUGGCAUUCAUCCCCUUCAAGGAUCUGCGCAAGACUUGCGUAGUGUCAAGAUUCAGGACCUGGAGCCUUUCCUUCCUUUGUUCCAGAAGUACAGAGAUAAUAUUGUUGCAGUUGGCGAGAUUGGUCUUGACUUUACUCCCUGGUUUGUUCAUACUACUCAAGAGCGUGAUGAACAGAUAAAAGUCUUUGCAAAACAACUUGAAAAGUCUAAGGAAUUGGAUUUGCCAGUGAAUGUACAUACCCGCUCGGCAGCCAAGGUUGCCAUAGCCACAAUGAAAGAACUAGGGAUUAGACAAGCUUUAUUGCAUAAUUUUGCUGGGAAGACAUCGGUUGCCAUGGAAGGUGUUCAGGCUGGAUUCUGCUUCUCCUUUCCACCUGCUGUCAGCAAAAAUGAGCAGAGAGCAAAAUUAAUCAGACAAAUUCCACUGGAACACAUUUGCCUGGAGACAGACUCGCCAUCCUUGGGGCUUGACAAACAUGUUAGAAAUGAGCCCCAAAACAUAAUGAUCUGCUGUGAAUACAUUGCAAAUGUAAAGGGCAUCUCUUCAGAUGUGGUAAUGGAAGUUACAACACAAAACGCCCUCCGAUUGUUUUCUAAGUUAAAACCUUGAUUUGUUUUAUUUUCAUAAAGGAAUAUUCCGGGUUAAAUAUAAGUUAAUCUCAAUCAACAGCAUUUGUGCUAUAAUAUUAACCUUUGAUUACCUCAAAAAAUAAUUUCGACUCAUCACUGUCACUCCUUUUCUUUAAAAGCAAAUAUCUGGGUUCUGUUGAGGCACUUACAGUACAAUGUAUGUGAAUGGGGCCAAUUGCUGGAGGGUUUAAAGGCAGAAAUGUGAAGCUUAUAAAUUUAUAAAACUAACAUUAGUUCUUCUGUUAAAACUCAUGUAUUAUUUGAGCUGUAAAGUUGUUCCGUAAAGUUGUUUUAGGGUUGUCAUAGCAACGAAGAUGUAAAAUUGGCUAUAAAUUUACACAGAAGGGUAGUAAGUGAUUUUUUCACACUAAAAUCAUGUUAACAUGCAUAUUGUUUACGCCUUGUGGCUGUACUUUUGAAACAGUGAGUAUUUUAACCAGUGGCGUAGCCAAGGGUGGGCAGGCCCACCCAAAUUAGACCCAGGCCCACCCAGAAUAUCAGAGAUUAUUUUAGACUUCAAAUAUAUAUUUAUAAAAUAUAAAAAAAAAAAAGCAAAAUAUCUGAUUUCUGAAAGUGUGAAAGAACUGUUUGAAUGCGCCGCCUCUCUGUUUUUAAAGUGCACCUAUUAUGGUUUUUAAACAUGCCUAAUUUUGUUUUAAAGGUCUCAUACAAUAGAUUUACAUGCAUCCAAGUUCAAAAAACACUUUAAUUUGCUCAUAAUUUAAAUUGCAGCAUUACUUUUUUUUUGCCAGUGUCAAAAACAACUAAUUCAAUGAUCUGUUCUAAAGGAUUCAUUCUAAACUUCUCCUCAGAGAGCCUACUCUGCUCUGAUUGGUCAGAUGUCCCAGUCUGUUGUGAUUGGUCUACCGCUUACAGCGCAUGUCGGAAAGGAAACGCCCACUACCAUAUCCGAGUUUCAGCUCCAUCUGAAAAAAUUGUGUUUUACCUUAAAAAUUUGAGCCCAAGUCCGAUAGCGAUAUAUCGGAAGAUCAACCGAACCACCGUCGCAAGCACGACGAGAACAGGACGUUUCUCAGUGGUAAGUUUAUAUGUAGUUUGACAAUAACGUGAGUUAGCCGGUUAGCAGAGGCUAACAGCUAACAGCGUGUAUUGGCUGUACACGUAAACAGAACAGAGGCGUGUUUUUUGUUACCAAAUUACGUAGGUUAGUACAGGAAGUAAGUCUGGAAUUACUAACGACUCGUUUCAGGUGUUCAGAAUCGGUUCUUUCUUAUUGGAGUCAAUAACUCCAUUUGUCAUGCACUUUGAUUUUUGAAACUUUGCAGACUUUUUUACAUUCACAAACAGCUAUAUAACACACUAUAUGAAAGGUAAUAUUUGAAAAACCAUAAUAGGUGCUCUUUAAGGAAAAUUUGGCCCAUCCAUUUUUAUUGAGGCCCACCCAAAAGUAAUUUCCUGGCUACGCCCUUGAUUUUAAUGACUAUGGAUUGGCCCCAUUCACUUCAGUUGUAAAUGUAUCACUGUAACCUAGAUUUUUGUGGUAAUCAACAUUAUGCCACAAAUGCUGUCGAUUUGAGCUUUACUUGUAUUGUACCCGAAUGUUCCUUUUAAUUGUGAAAAUGUCCUUGCUUUUUUCAUUUAAAACUAUUUUAAAUAAUAUUAAAUAAAGCACUAUGUUGAUUAUA